AUGUCGGAGAUAGCUGACCAGGAUCUCUGGUUAUUUGGCUACGGGAGUUUGAUUUGGAAACCUCCUCCACAUUAUGACUUGCGACUACCGGGAUACAUCGAAGGUUUCGUGAGGAGAUUCUGGCAGGUACGCUCCGAGGAUCAUCGCGGCACGCCAGAAGCCCCCGGCCGCGUCGUCACAUUGUUAGAACGAAGCUUCUGGGAGUCGUUGACCGACCAAGUGAGUCACGCAUCAGCUCCGCCAAAAGUCUGGGGCGCUGCCUAUCGGAUACCAGCUGCCCGGGUGGCUGAAGUGACUGAAUACAUGAACAUCCGCGAAAUCAACGGAUACACAAUUCAAUACACGCCCUUUCACAGCCGCGCGGACCCAGCACACACAACGACUUCGCAGCAGACGACUGAUUCGACGUCGAUCCAAUCUCCGAUCAAAUGUCUCGUAUACAUCGGACUGCCGACCAAUCCGCAAUUCCUCGGCCCCCAGGAUCCGCAGGCUCUGGCGGAACAUAUCGUCGCUUCACGUGGCCCGAGUGGAGAGAACCGGGACUAUCUGUAUGAGCUCGAGACGGCGUUGAAUGAAUUGAGUCCUGAGAGUGGCGAUGAACAUGUGAGCGAUUUGGCGAGGAGGUGUAGAGAGGUUGAGAUGAAGGCGAAGGGGGGAGAAGAUGAGAAGAAAUAG